AUGGACUCUAAACGUGACCGCAUUUGCGUCUCAAGCCAGGAAUAUGACGCCCACAGCUCAUUGCUCCUUCCAGGCCCGCAGAGUGCACCACUUCCCUCCCCUGCCCAGACCUGGGGGCUCCAACACCCAAAGCCUAGGAGCCCAGGCUCCGGCCAUUCUUCUGACCUGCCGUACAGCAUGGCAGCCCCCAAAGGCGUGGCCCAAGGCACAGAUAGACGUACAACAUGGCCGCCUACAGGGAAAACACUGCACGCCCUCCCGCCCGGCCACCGGAAGUUUCCAUUUGAAAGCCAGGCGGCAGACCGGGUUGCUGGUGCGGCAGUUACUGCGGAGCAGCUUUUGAACCAGAGCGACGAGGGCUGCGAGGCCCAGCCUUGCCGCCUCGUUACGAUGACCAGCGUGGUUAAGACAGUGUACACCCUGCAGCCCCCCGCUGUGCAGAGCGGCGGCCUGCCGGCAGACACACAAACUCGAGCCCCUUCUAAGAGCCUCUUACCAGUGAAGUCCAAAGAAGUGGAUGUUUCCAGGCUUCAUUCAGGAGGUGCAGAGAACGAUGUUACAAAAAUCAUCAAACCAAGACGAGAGAACGGGCAGGUGAAAGCUGCAGACACUGCCUUUAGGAGGAACAUCAGAAAAAGCUACAAGCCACUGAGCAAGCAGAAAUCAGAGGAAGAGCUCAAGGAUAAGAACCAGCUCUUAGAGGCCGUCAACAAGCAGCUGCACCAGAAGUUGACUGAAACUCAGGGAGAACUGAAGGACCUGACCCAAAAGGUGGAGCUGCUGGAGAAGUUUCAGGAUAACUGUUUGGCAAUUUUGGAGAGCAAGGGCCUCAACCCAGUUUUAGGCAGUGAGACCCUGGCGUCACGGCAAGAAGCCACCACAGAUCACACGGACUCUAUGUUGCUACUGGAAACUUUGCAAGAUGAGCUGAAGCUUUUUAAUGAAACAGCCAAAAAACAGAUGGAGGAGUUACAGGCCUUAAAAGUAAAGUUGAAGAUGAAAGAAGAAGAGCGGGCCCGGUUCCUAGAGCAGCAGACAUUAUGUAACAGUCAAGUGCAUGAUUUUACAACAGCCCUUGAGGAAAUGGAGCAGCUAUUGGAAAUGUGAUAAAAAGCAAGUGACCAGCCGGCUCCCUCUUGGGGUUAAACUCUCAGAGGAAGCCACUUAGGACAUCUGCUUCUUGGCCAUGACCUUCUAGGACUCACCAUCCCCAGAAUGAAAACAGUUUCUGCAGUAGGAUUAAGGACAGUUGAUGCCGGAAUGGCGGUUCCUCCUUAAACAAGUGUUCCCAGCCUUUCAGAUUGGUCGGCUCUCCUGAACCUCACAUGUACAUAACUGAGGCCUACGAAGAGGGGGUGCCUGGAAGCUUGGAUCAACCUUCUACGCAACAAAGCGGCAAGCCAUUGGUAUCAGACCAAAUCAGUCAUAGUCAGAGGAUCCCAAAGGUAACAUUCAGAUGUGUAGGAAGAAAGCCUUAAUUGUACAGCGGAGCACAGAUGCUCCACAGGAGACAUCACUGAGAAGCCAUGCUAGACUUUCUAACUUGGAACACAUUCUGUCUCAUCCCGGUUGGGCUCUAUACCUCAUUGUAAAUCAAUGAACUUGAAGUUACUUAAGAUGGCUUAAUAAAUGGGGGUGAAGGUAUAGAUAGCAAUAACACCUACCUGAAACCGUACACCUUGGAGCUUUUAAUCUAAA